UCUUAAUAAAACAUGUUAUAAGUCUAAUACGAUACAAUAUCAGAGUUCGAAGAGGAAUAAAAGAAGAGUUUUUACGAUGAAGAAUCAAAUGUGAACAUAUUUAGUUAACAUUAACUUGGGUUAUUCAAAAAACCAAGUUACUUUGUAGAGAAUGAAGAGUCUAACCUAAAGAACAAUCAUGAGUGUUCAACUACAGAAUAGAACGAAUCUUCAGAACAGUCAGAAAAUUGUUAUGAACACAUUUCAUCUCCAAAAUUCCCUUCUAAAGUUCUACCUCCUCCAAUUAAUGCAGAUUAACAUUUGUUUAAUUUAGAUAUGAGAUACUAUCCAAAUAAUUCUUAAGAGAACUUUAUAUUGAAUUUCAUUAAUUAAGAUGAUCUUCAACGAAUAAAAAUGGGUUUAGAUUAUAAGAUUUUAGAUGAUCCAUAAACAUUAAGAUUCGAAAAUUGGGUUUAAUAAAUGUGUAAUACAAAAGCUAAUCAAAAAGAAAUGUAAAGGAAACUAAAAGUAAAGAAAUAUUUAGAGAAAAAACACAAUAGAACAUUUGGAAAAAAAGUUCAUUAUCAUAUCAGAUAGAAAGUAGCUGAAGAGAGAUUAAGAAUAAAGGGAAGAUUUGUUACUUGGAAAUAGGUAUAAAUAAUCAUAUAUGAUGUAGGCUAUUAAAAUGUUAGAGAAAUCUGAGACAAAGAGAGAGUGGACUCAUAGUGAUUAUUUUAAGAUUAAGAUCUUAUUAAAUGAAAAGUAUGGUUAAUCUUUAUGAGAGAGUAGAAGAG